UGGCCGCGGCGUCCCCUGCGGGAGCCUGAUUGGCUGGAGACGGUCCCGAAUCCCCCGGGGAGCCCGAUCCCUGGGGGACCCUGGCUUCGGACUCUAGCAGCUGUCAUCUCAGGGUCCCUGCCCUAGUGGCCUAUGUCCCUUGCUCGGGGCCAUGGAGACACUGCGGCCACCACGGCGGCGCCUCUGUCUGAAGAAGGGGAAGUGACCUCCGGCCUCCAGGCUCUGGCCGUGGAGGAUACCGGAGGCCCCUCUGCCUCGGCCGGUAAGGCCGAGGACGAGGAGGAAGGAGGCCGAGAGGAGACUGAGCGUGAGGGGUCCGGGGAAGAGGAGGCGCAGGGAGAAGUCCCCAGCGCGGGUAGGGAAGAGCCUGCGGAGGAGGACUCCGAUGACUGGUGCGUGCCCUGCAGCGACGAGGAGGUGGAGCUGCCCGCAGAUGGGCAGCCCUGGAUGCCCCCGCCCUCCGAAAUCCAGCGGCUCUAUGAACUGCUGGCUGCCCACGGUACCCUGGAGCUGCAGGCCGAGAUCCUGCCCCGCCGGCCUCCCACGCCGGAGGCCCAGAGCGAAGAGGAGAGAUCCGAUGAGGAGCCGGAGGCCAAAGAAGAGGAAGAGGAAAAACCACACAUGCCCACGGAAUUUGAUUUUGAUGAUGAACCAGUGACACCAAAGGACUCCCUGAUUGACCGGAGACGCACCCCAGGAAGCUCAGCCCGGAGCCAGAAACGGGAGGCCCGCCUGGACAAAGUGCUGUCGGACAUGAAGAGACACAAGAAGCUGGAGGAGCAGAUCCUUCGUACUGGGAGAGACCUCUUCAGCCUGGACUCGGAAGACCCCAGCCCUGCCAGCCCCCCACUCCGAUCCUCCGGGAGUAGUCUCUUCCCUCGGCAGCGGAAGUACUGACUCCCACUGCUCCUGCCUCUAGGCUGCAGUGUCUGUACCUGCUGGGGCUUGGGCCCUCCUUCCCCAGCCCAGGCACUGAGAAACUUGGGAAGAAGAGAGAAACCUCAAGCUCCCAAACAGCACAUUGCAGGAAAGAGGAAGAGAGAGUGUGAGUGUGUGUGUGUGUGUGUUUUCUAUUGAACACCUGUAGAGAGAGUGUGUG